AUGGACACGUCCCGCCGGCUGAUCGCCGCUCGCCUAGGAGCGUUCAGAAUCAGCAAGCUUCACCAAAUUACUUUUGAAGGGAGUGAUGUUUCUGGAUCUCAAGAAUUCAAGCAGUCUCAGGUGGAUUUUGUCAUUCACAAAUUCGAGCAAGAAGGAUGCCGUCGACUAGAUCCUAUGACUUGGAUUCCAUGCGAAGUGACAGCGUCCGACCUAUUGGCAGUGCUGGGAAGCAAUUCGAGCGACGAAUCCGUCCAGGAUCUAGAAUUACCAGAUGAGUUCAGAAUCCACUGCUUCCAAGGCCAACAUCGUAUUGCGGCUGCACUUCAAUGGCUAAACCCAAAUGAUCAUUGGUGGGUUUUCGAAUUUUACGAUUCUAUCAAGUUGAAUCAAGACUGUCGGAAGCGGUUGCGUGAAUUUGACCAAAACUCUCAAAGUUUCAGUGAUGGGGAGAUUUUUCGCAACAUUCGGUAUUACCAGAUACGGGGGGAUAUCGAAGCCGCUAGUGAAUGGUUUGCUAGAUGGUCUCCCACAAAAUGCCGUGAAUUCAAUCGAAUCUACUGCCCAAAAACCAGUAAAACAGCAUUCGAGGCUAUAGGAAAAACUCUUGAUUCUCUCCUUCCAUUCAUAUCGCUUUGGAAAUCAUGGUUCAUGGGAACUCAUCUUCCAAGCUUACGAUGCCCUGAGGAGUUAACGGAUUCAUUGGCACAGAUAUAUCAGGCCUGGCAGUUUCUAACAUGUCAAUCUCCCGAGAUAUUAGACUCAACAACGGUUUCUUUACUGGAGGGACGAUGCCCACGUCUAUCGCUCACAGACCGGGAGCAUAUACACGAGGUAUUCCGCAAUGGGAUGGUAUAUCCUGAUAUCACUGAUCCCUAUCUACGUGCACAACUUCAAAAUGCUGCCUUAACCUACACAAGAGUUAUUCCAACACUUCGAACCUUUCUUGAAAAUACCAAAUACCUCAAAGCAAUGACGGAUGUGAUGAAAAGAAUAUUACCUCCGAAAUUCAAGGGUACUAUACGAGAGUCAAUGUUCAAAUAUUAUGUCUCUCCCACUGAUUUACAACACGAAGUUCAGGCUUCGGAAAACGACUUCGCCAAAGAAAGCGGGUCAAAGGAAUAUGGCUUUUGGGCUGCAUACAGACAAGUUUUUCUCUUUGCUAUGCGCCAUUUUUUUGGUCUCGUGAAUGUCCAGCCUCUUGGGCUUGGCUUUCAAAAACAAAAAUUUGAUAGCUCUGAAUUAUGGAGAAGAUUUCAUCUAUGUGCAGCGAAAGUUGGCUUUGUGCUACCUGGUUCAAAAUCCUCGAAGAGCCAUCCGCGAGCUCUUGCCGCGAAUUCAGUCGAACUUAUCGCUAUACAUGAAUUGAUCACGCGCUUAAGGCCCCCGGAAUUAUUCGCAUAUAACGAGGCUAAGCUAGCUGAGUUUAGUACCCAUGUUUCUUCACUGCUGGGUACGAUGAGCGCACGGAAAAUCGACACUUUAUUAGCAGUUCAAACCUGUGAUAAUGUUGAGGAUUGGAAUUUAGAAAAACGAUGUGGUAUGCCGAACGCAGAGACCUUCUUCGCGGAUCAAAAACACUUGUUUUUGAAAAACAUAUAUUCAUUGGAUCAACCUGCUCGCGGUUGUAUGACGUCAUUUGCAGUGAAACGGGAUAUAUUCCAAUCAUUUUUUAUUGACUUCGAUGACGGGGGCCACAUGGAUACAAUAAUGACUCCUGCGCCUCCAAAUCCCGUCACUGGGCCAACAAAUCCUGUACCACAAAGUCCCAUGGCUUUAGAUUCCGUGCUAUCAGGUCUCAUGCCACCAACUACUGCGCCACUGAGCUCUCGUUUUAUGGAGCUUGAUUCAAGACCAAACAGUCCUGCACAGUCUGCAAUAGUGCUAAGCCAGCCACAGCCGUUGCCUCAUCCCAAUCUACGGCUGUUGGGUCAUAACCCGGCUAAUGAAAACGAGUCUCUGACAAUCGACCACCACUCUACGGAACUGUGCCAAAUACAGAUGAAAAUGAGCCCUGAUACCUUUUAUUCAUCCUUACAACCGUAUAUGCGUGACAAUCCGCAUGUGAUAUUUUUCGACACAAAUUCUGGCUCAGCAAUUUUCAUUCGCCAAUACAAAGAAGGUAUAUUGGCAAAUUUGUGUCGCAAUGGUCAGUGGUUUGGAUUUGUUUAUCCGGAUACACUGGUUUUGAAAACAAUCACAGUCAGUGAAGUCAACCAAUAUUGUCACGCAGGUCCAUGUAUCAUAUUUUUUGGAUUGGGUACUUUCGACACGCACCUCAAAUCGGUGGCUGCACAGAGGAUCAUAUUCCCAAGGUUCUCUUCACGCGAGAAUCAAUGGAAGUUUCAUGAUUAG